AUGCCCAUGGAACCCAAACGCCCAUUACGAAGAUUAUGUCGAAUUCAAAUCCAACUACUUCUUAUUUUGGUCAUAAGCCUUGUGGUUGUACUCAUAGUUAUAGCUCAAUUACUCACAUUUCCGUAUAAAAACUACACAUCCAUUCUAUCCCCCAUCACCAAGGGUAUUUUGGUCCACAAAGUGUCCAUUUAUGAUAACACCUCUAUUACACACGAGGGAGUAGUUCAAAAUGAGUCGAAAAUAGAAGAAGGGUGCAAAGGGUAUGAUUGUAAUUCCGGAUCCUUACUCUCAAAAAUUGUAGCCAAAGUAAAUGACUCCGGUCAACAUGUUACCAUUGCUUCACAACCAACACGACUUUCUUACAUGAUUUCGGUUCUUGAAUUUGUUCGUUUCAAUACAACACUUGAUCGAAAAAAAAAUAAAGCAGGGUCGAAGUUGUCGUCUAUUCGUGAGCAACAACUUCAACAUGCACGCAUGCAGAUUGAGAAGGGGCCCACAUUAACAAGCAAUGAAGGACUUCAUGCUUCUCUUUAUCGCAAUGUUUCGCGGUUUUUAAGGAGUUACAAAUUGAUGGAAGACAUUUUGAAAGUUUACAUCUACAAGGAAGGAAAGAAACCUAUAUAUCAUGAUCCAAAAUUAAGGGGAAUCUAUGCUUCAGAAGGAUGGUUUAUGAAACUAAUGGAGAAAAAUAGAAACUUUGUUGUGAAAGAUCCUAAAAAAGCACACUUAUUUUAUCUACCAUUUAGUUCACUAAAGCUAAGACUUUCAUCUCAAGAGCAUACUCCUCAAAAUCGUAGAAAUUUACAACUACAUUUAAAAAAUUACACCACUUUAAUCUCCCGAAAAUACCCUUUCUGGAACAGAACUAAUGGAGCCGACCACUUUUUUGUUGCUUGUCACGAUUGGUCGAUGAAGCUAACGAAAGAUGAUAUGGGAAACUGCAUAAGAUCACUUUGCAACUCGAAUCUCGGCGGAGGUUUCAAGAUCGGAAAAGACACGACACUUCCGGCGACUUACAUCCGUACAUCAGAAGAUCCGGUGAAAGAUGUUGGCGGAAAGCCGCCAUCGGAAAGACAAAUUCUCGCAUUUUUCGCCGGAGGAAUGCACGGAAGCCUCCGGCCAGUUUUGCUCCGGCAAUGGCACGAUAAAGAGCCCGACAUGAAAAUCUUUGGGCCAAUGGCUCGUGAUGUUGAAAGUAAAGCUAAAUACCGAAUGUAUAUGAAGAGUAGCAAAUAUUGUAUUUGUGCUCGUGGGUAUGAAGUGUUUACACCACGGAUUGUGGAAGCAGUUUACUAUGAGUGUGUUCCCGUGAUUAUAUCGGAUGAUUAUGUCCCGCCUUUUUUUGAGUUUUUGGAUUGGGAGGGGUUUUCGGUGUUUGUUUUGGAGAAAGAUGUGGGGAAUUUGAGUGGAAUUUUAAGGGCGAUUUCGGAUGAAAAGUAUCGGGAGAUGUGGGAGAGAGUGAAGAGGGUGCAACGACAUUUUAUUUGGCAUAAGAAUCCUGUGAAAUUUGAUUUGUUUCAUAUGAUUCUUCACUCGAUUUGGACUAAUAGAGUUUACAUGACAUGAUAGGUUGUACCAUGUUGUGUUUUACAUAUUGUCGUAUAAUUGAUUGUACAUUGUAAUGUAUUUGAUAUACGAUCUUUAUGUCAAUAAUUUUUUGUUUUAUUUAAAAAGUUGGGAUAGGAACUCGCUAUUGAUGUGUCAUCAUGUAAAAGACAUGAAUCUCUACUCCAAAGAAGCUUGUCUAGUAAUGUCCAAUCUUGUCUUUUCUAGUGUUGUAUGUAAUGUUUGUAUAUUUUUGAUUGGGAUAAUGACUUGAAAGGGUAA